AUGACUUACGAAUUCGGGCGUGAGAGUGGUUUUAUCAACAGCCAGCCAUCGCUCGCCGAGUGCCUGACUCUCACUAACCUUGUCUGUGAUGCGUUUCAACAUUCAUCAAUCAAGAGCACGGCGCCUCCACUCUCAGCUCUCCUUCCUCCUCCUUUUGAGCACAGCAUCCCGAGCCUCCACCCGGAACAUCCACGCCACGGCCCCGGGAGGGUCCACAAACAGCCCGACAGGAGAGUCUGCGCGGGUGCGCGGCAGGCAGCGUGUCCACUGAAGGAGUACCCGUGGAUGAAGGAGAAGAAAAGCAUCAAGAGGAGCCAGCUUUCCACUGAGUCGUCACCGCUCUACUGCUCACCCCAAGGAUCACCAGAGGCGGAGGAUGGCGGGGGAAGCACCGCCACAUCCCGGAGGCUGAGGACCGCGUACACCAACACGCAGCUGCUGGAGCUGGAGAAGGAGUUCCACUUUAACAAAUACCUCUGCAGACCCAGGCGCGUGGAGGUCGCGAACUCCUUGGACCUGACGGAGAAACAGGUGAAGGUCUGGUUCCAGAACCGCCGCAUGAAGCACAAGAGACAGACGCACAGCAAAGAGAACCGAGACAGCGACGGCAAGUACGCGGGAGGGGAGGAGGAAGAGGAGGAAGAGGAGGAAGAGGACGGGGACUCGGACCAAACUGACGACGGAGAAAGUGCGCAGUAUUUCCCACAGACUCCCGGGGACAGCACGGAGCAGAGCGCACACAGCGGAGGCCACAGCCCUGCGGUCUCCCUGCAGAACAGUCAUGACAAACACGCAGCGCCUGCUGCUCCAAUGUGCGCCUCCACAAUAGGCGCAAACAAUGUGCAACAUUCUGCCGCACAGACCGCUGCGCAGGACUGCGGCGCGCUCUCCCCGUGCGCGUCCUUCUCACCCUCUCUGUCAGAUUCUUUACAAAGUCCACUGACUUUUUUAAGCGACACAUUUGACCUUUUCUCAGAAACUCUCACAACUAUUGAUCUACAAAACCUGAGCUACUGA